AUGGGCUCUGCCGCGCUUGCACAUGCAACGCUUUUGAACUGGUUGCUGUCGCUGUCGAGCCUGGUAUGCUGUUCUGCUGCUGCUUAUGUGGACGAGCCCAACCUGAGCAAGAGUUUCUUGCCUCACUAUGAACCUGAUCGCGGGGGUGCUGUUGGCUCUUCACAAGAUACAAGGCUACAUGUUUUCACAGUGGACUAUGACUAUGUGCAAAUUCCCUAUGAAGUUACUCUUUGGAUCCUCCUUGCCUCUCUUGCAAAAAUAGGUUUCCAUAUCUAUCACCGAUUACCAAGACUCAUGCCCGAAAGCUGCAUCCUGAUUGCCAUUGGAGCACUAGUAGGAGCGAUCAUCUUUGCUUCUGAUCACAAAUCUCCACCAGUGAUGAACACAAGUAUUUACUUCUUGUAUCUCCUUCCGCCCAUUGUCCUGGAGGAGGGUUAUUUCAUGCCAACUCGCCCAUUUUUUGAAAACUUUGGGUCCAUCCUGUGGUGGUCUGUGUUGGGAUCUCUGCUAAACUCGUUUGGGAUUGGCCUCUCCCUCUAUGGGGUCUGCCAGAUUGAAGCCUUCAGCCUGACCGACCUGAACCUGCUGCAGAACCUGCUCUUUGGCAGCAUGAUUUCAGCUGUGGAUCCUGUGGCAGCUCUGGUAGUUUUUGAAGAAGCCUCUGUUAAUGAGCAGCUUUACAUGAUGAUCUUCGGAGAGUCAUUGCUAAAUGAUGGCAUAACUGUGGUUUUAUAUAACAUCCUCAUCGCCUUCACCCAGAUGCACAGGUACGAAGAAAUCGAAUCCAUCGAUGUCUUUGCUGGCUUCGCUCGCUUCUUCGUGGUGGGGCUGGGUGGCGUGUUGUUUGGCAUCGUCUUUGGAUUCGUUUCGGCACUCAUGACUCGAUUCACCCACAACGUUUCUGCUAUCGAACCACUGCUGGUCUUCAUGUUCAGCUACCUGUCAUACCUGUCCGCUGAAACCCUUUACAUCUCGGGCAUUUUGGCGAUGACAGCAUGUGCAGUGACAAUGAAAAAAUAUGUGGAGGAGAAUGUUUCCCAGAAUUCCUAUACCACAAUAAAAUAUUUCAUGAAGAUGCUGAGCAGCGUCAGCGAGACCCUAAUUUUCGUGUUCAUGGGAGUGUCUACAGUGGGGAAAAACCACGAGUGGAACUGGGCCUUCAUUUGCUUCACUCUGUUCUUCUGCCUCGUUUGGCGGACACUGAGUGUAUUUGCUCUCUUCUACAUCAGUAACAAGUUCCGAACAUAUCCCUUCACCUUCAAAGACCAACUCAUUAUUUCCUACAGUGGCCUUCGAGGAGCCAGCAGCUUCUCUCUUGCAUUCUUGCUUCCAGUGAAUCUCUUCCCAAGAAAAAAAUUGUUCAUUACUGCUACUCUUGUAGUUAUAUAUUUCACUGUGUUCAUCCAAGGAAUCACAAUUGGACCAUUGGUCAGGUAUCUAGAUGUUAAAAAGACCAACAAAAAGGAGUCUAUCAGUGAAGAAAUUCAUGUGCGAUUGAUGGAUCACUUGAAGGCUGGUAUUGAAGACAUAUGUGGACAUUGGAGUCAUUAUCAGCUGAGAGAUAAGAGUGGUGGAAAUCGGCGUGUGCACAGGCUCUCCGCCGCAGAGGUGGAGUCCAUGAGAGAUGUCCUGGCACACAAUCUAUACCAAGUGCGACAAAGGGCACCGACCUACAGCCGACACAACUUGCCUACCAACACAAACGAGAAACAAGCCCAAGAAAUCCUCAUCCGUCGGCAGCACAGCCUGAGGCAGAGUUGCAGGAAGGGAAACAGCUUACCUUCGGGUAGACCGGCUAGCACCAUGGGCGUACGCUACCUCUCUUUGCCUCAGGGCCCCAGCCAGCCCACUAGACGAAAAGCCGGGCAUGUUACUUUUACAGAUCACCACAGAAGUGUCUCUAAUGCUGCCUUCCCAGUAAUGUUCAGACCCCAGCCCCGACUACGUCCACUCGAAGCAAAGCACCGCCAGGAAGAGCUGAUUCCAAUGGCACGCUUGUGUAGACGAGAGGGCCCAUCCAAUCUGUCAGGUCGAAGAGGAAAUGCAAUCAGCCAGCGUCGUUUCACCAGAGCAGACAAUCUAGCUCUAAGGCCAAAGUCUCGACUCACUGUGGGAGAAGUAGAGGGGUAUGAGUCAGAAGAAGAGACAGAAACGAUGGCACCAGCCAGGCCAUUAGCCAUAUGA